GUGGGCGCGCUGCCGCGGCGCUGAGGGGAGGCGGCCGGAGACGCGGAGCCGGGCCGGGCCGAGGCGGCGGCGAAGGAGCAAAAUGGCGGACAGAUUCUCCCGCUUCAACGAGGACAGGGACUUCCAGGGAAAUCACUUUGAUCAGUAUGAAGAAGGGCAUUUGGAGAUCGAGCAAGCAUCUCUAGACAAGCCUAUAGAAUCGGAUAAUAUUGGACACCGCUUACUCCAGAAACAUGGGUGGAAGCUGGGCCAGGGAUUGGGAAAGUCACUGCAGGGUAGGACGGAUCCCAUCCCUAUCGUCGUCAAGUACGAUGUCAUGGGCAUGGGGCGGAUGGAGAUGGAGCUCGACUAUGCUGAAGAUGCCACUGAGCGGAGGCGUGUACUGGAGGUGGAGAAAGAAGACACUGAGGAGCUGAGGCAGAAGUACAAGGAUUAUGUUGAUAAAGAAAAGGCAAUUGCCAAGGCUUUGGAAGACCUCAGAGCAAACUUCUACUGUGAACUUUGUGACAAGCAGUAUCAAAAGCACCAAGAGUUUGACAACCACAUAAACUCUUACGAUCAUGCUCACAAACAGGAAGGAACUCAGGAUUAUUGCGAAACAGGGGCAAUAGCUGAUGUAUUGAAAGCAAAUCCUUCUAAUUUUGGAGUCCAGAUCAUAAGAAGAUUGAAAGAUCUUAAACAAAGGGAAUUUGCUCGCAACGUGUCUUCAAGAUCACGUAAAGAUGAAAGGAAGCAGGAGAAAGCCCUCCGGCGUCUACACGAACUGGCUGAACAGAGAAGGCAGCCUGAGUGCGCUCCUGGAAGUGGACCCAUGUUCAGAACCACCACUGUGGCUGUGGAUGAGGAAGCUGGAGAUGACGAUGAUUCUGCAGCUAACAGCAGUUCUUUCAUCCAGACAACUUCUGGCCAGGCUACAGAGAUGACUAUGGACAGAGGUUUCCUAAACACUGGACAAGUCGGCAGCACUGUUAUGUCAAGCCAGAUGCCCAUCCAGACGGCACAAGCAAUCAGUUUUGGCAUUAAGAAUACUUUGGGGACUCCACUGCAAAAGAUAGGCGUGUCGUUUUCAUUUGCCAAGAAGACUCCAGUAAAGCUUGAGACCAUAGCUUCUGUUUUCAAGGACCAUGUGGAGGAGUCAAGUUCUGCAGAUGGAACAAAAGCUGAUGAAAGAGGGUCAGAUGCAGGGAAUCUGCAAAAAUCUGGUGAGGGUGAGAGCACGAAUAGUUCUGAUGGCAAGGCAGAGGAAGAUGACCAACAUGACAAAGAUGGUGGGUCUUUAGCCACUACAUUAUCUAAACUAAAAAAGAUGAGACGAGAAGAUGGACCAAUGGCAGUUGAACCAGAAUAUUAUCAUUAUAUUCCCCCAGCCCACUGUAAAGUAAAGCCUAAUUUUCAAUUCCUGCUUUUUAUGAAGUCUACAGAACAAAUGGAAGCUGAAAAUGUGAAUAAAAAAACUGCACAUGAAAUCAAAAAGGGUAAUUCUCCAAAACCUAAGCCAGGAAAGCACACAGAAAAGACUACUGAGAGCACAGUGCAACAGAAGGAACAGAGUACUACUGAAAUUACAGCUCAGCAGAGCAAAACAGAACCAAAAGAAGUCGCAGAAAAUGCAACUGUGCAGGAGAACAAACAUCUUAUGGAAAGCAGUCUCCCAGAGCCAGACACUACUAAAGAAGUCACCCAGCCUGUCCCAAGCUGUAAAGAUGUCAGUGAAGGACCAAAGCAUCCAACAGGACCCUUUUUUCCAGUUUUGAGUAAAGAUGAGAGCACUACUCUGCAGUGGCCUUCAGAACUUCUCAUAUUUACCAAAGCAGAGCCAUCUGUUUCAUACAGUUGUAAUCCUUUGUAUUUUGAUUUCAAGCUCUCUCGCAACAAAGAUGCUAAAGCUAAAGGAGCAGAGAAGUUGAAGGAUCCAGGAGGUCUUUGUAAAGAGAAUGUACAGGCUGCAGAAUCUAGUGAUGUAAGCAAACCCAAGGAGACGGAGAGCACAGCUAACAGUGCUGCUCUAAAAAUGGAAAACAAAUCUUUGUCUAGCUGUGGCUCCCAAAACAAGCAGGAGUCCAGUUUGGCAAGCAUUAGUAAAGUAGAGGGAGAUGACAGUAGUAAAAAUGUAACCAGUAAGAGCAAAUCGGGGAAAUCCCAUAAACAUAAGAAGAAAAAGAAGCACAAAAAGUCUAGCAAACACAAACGUAAACACAAGGAGGAAACUGAAGAGAAGAGCCGGAAAGCUGACCCAGGGGAAGAGAAACCCAAGAAGCGAAAAAAACACAAACACAGAAAGGGCAAAUCCUCUCUUUCUACUGAAUCUGAACGGGGACUAAAAACUGAACUGUCUGAAGACUGUGGCCAUUUCCAGAAGAAAAAGCGGUGCUCUCAGGAGUCCCAGCGGAAGUCACUGUCUGCUGAAGAGGGAAGUAGUGGUAAGAAAGAGGAUAGUGGUAACUGCUGCCAAGAACACGGUGGCAAAAAACACAAAGUUGACCUGCAGCAGUUACCGUCCGCCUCAAGGAGACGAUGUUCUGCUCCAUCCCUUGGCCGAUCCAGCCACAGGAGCCGACAGAGCAGCGGGGACUAUGACAGCGACGAGGGCUCCCACGGGAAGCACUGCCGGCAGAAAUCUCUGUCGCAGUACAGUGAUGACUAUGACUCUGGCAGUGACCACUCCAGAAGCCGUUCGAGAUCGGGGCGGAGGCAUUCGUCUCGAAGGUCGUAUUCGACCAGUUCUGACGCUUCUUCGGACCACAGCAGGUACAGCCGUCGGAGAAGUUACUCAGAUGAUAGCUAUAGCGAUUACAGCGACCGGUCAAGGUGCCAUUCAAAGAGAUCCCAUGACUCGGAGGACGACUCAGAGUACAACAGCUCAAAUCACAGAUCAAAGCGGCACAAGUACUCCUCUUCUGAGGAUGAUUACAGCUCAAGUAGGAGCAGGUCAAGAAGUCGAAGCAGGAGCCGAACCCACCCUCGAGGAAGAUCAAGAAGUCGGGGCAGAACACGAAGCAGCAGUUGCAGCCGCAGUCGAAGCAAGAGGAGAAGCCGAAGUGUAACUGGUCGCAGCUGGAAACGGAGUCGCAGCUAUAGCAGAGAUCGCAGCCGUAGUACCAGAAGCCACUCGCAGAGAUCUCUUUCCCGAAAGGGCUCUCGAGGCCAUGAGAGUCCUGAAGAGAGGAGGUCUGGACGAAGAGACUUCAUCAGAUCGAAAAUCUAUCGUUCGCAAUCUCCUCACUAUUUCAGAACAGGCCGAAGUGAAGGAUCUCUGAAGAAGGAGGAUGGCAAAGGAGAGGAUAUGAAAGGAUCUGGCUCUCUUUCCCAAAACAGCAGCAGCUCUGGCAUGGGGAGGGCCUCAGAAAGUGACUGCAGUCCAGAAGAGAGAAACUCGGUUACUGCAAAACUUCUCUUAGAAAAGGUUCAGUCCAGGAAGGUUGAGAAGAAGCCGUGUGUCACUGAUGAAAUGCUAGCAGGGGCAAACAAGGUGGGCAUAAAACUCAAAGAUCCUCCACAGGGUUACUUUGGCCCCAAACUGCCUCCUUCCUUAGGCAACAAACCAGUUCUCCCCUUGAUUGGGAAAUUACCUACCAUUCGAAAACCAAAUGCAAAAAGGUAUGAGGAGUCUGGCUUGGAGAGGGGUGAAGAACAAGACCUGUCUGAUUCUGAGGAUGUUUCCCAAGGUAUUGAGGAGGCUCAAUUGGGCAGCCAGUCUCUGCUAGAAGAAGUGAUGGUAAUUCAGGACAAACCACUGGAUGAACAGAAACAUGAGGAAGCUACUGAGGAAAUGCCGUCCAUUUCCCUCGAAGCACCAGCGCUCCCAGAGUGCUUUAGUUCUGGAGAUUUGGUGAUGCCACACAACUUUCUCUCAGAUCCAAGCGAUGGCGAUGCAUUAGAACCUAUGGAUGGGGGCAACCAGCCUGUCCCUGUGGAAACCAGUAUGAUGCCCUUAGUUCCAGAUGUUGAGCACUUUCCUGGGUAUGUGCCUCAGAGUGGGGAGCCAAGUAUUGAAGGAGAUCGAGAAGGAGAAGACUCAUCCCUAGCACCACUUGAGAGCCAACCGAUCACUUUUACACCUGAAGAAAUGGAGAAAUACAGUAAGCUUCAGCAAGCUGCUCAGCAGCACAUUCAGCAGCAACUUCUAGCAAAGCAAGUCAAGGCCUUUCCUGCCUCAGCAGCCCUGGCUCCAGCAGCGCCUGCUCUGCAGCCCAUCCACAUUCAGCAGCCAGCGGCUGCAUCUGCAACCUCCAUCACCACGGUGCAGCACGCCAUUUUACAGCACCAUGCUGCUGCGGCCGCCGCGGCAAUUGGGAUUCACCCCCAUCCCCAUCCCCAGCCUCUCGCUCAGGUUCAUCACAUACCCCAGCCCCACUUGACACCUAUUUCGUUAUCCCACUUGACCCACUCAAUUAUUCCAGGGCAUCCUGCUACAUUUCUAGCCAGCCACCCCAUCCACAUCAUUCCAGCGUCAGCUAUCCAUCCGGGCCCCUUUACUUUUCAUCCAGUUCCACAUGCUCUUUAUCCAACCCUUCUUGCCCCGAGACCCGCUGCUGCUGCAGCCGCUACAGCGUUACAUCUUCACCCUUUGCUGCACCCCAUCUUCUCAGGUCAGGACUUGCAGCAUCCGCCAAGUCAUGGCACAUGAAGGACAAAUGAAGUAACCUUGGAGGAAGGAGAAUAUUUUGCAUUUUGGGAAGGGGUUGAAGUUGAUCCAGGUGGCAGGUGAGGCCUGAGAAUUUCUUUUCAGUCUUUAGCAGCCAGAGAAGCCAGGUAUGGCUUGAAGGCUGGGUAGCAGGCAGGCGGCAGGUCAGUCUGUGAUGUGGGCACCCACAGUCAGGGAUCGUCUCGUGUUUCCCAGCACCUCCCACCUGUACGUAGCAGCACUGUAUCCUAGACGAAUCAUCUCGCACGUAGGCAAAUGAGACGCUCGGAAAGGCUUUUUUUCCCCCUAGAUUCUUACACUUAAUGAUCUUCCUUCUGCUGCCUUGUAUAUGAUAAAUGAUAUUUCAUAGUCACUAAUAGGUCUCUAAAAUCCUUUUAAUGAGGUCAUCUAAUUAAAAUAGUUAGCAUGAUUGAAUCCUACUUGUAAUCAGUGAUAAAACAUUUAGUAACUGACAGCUGUGGAUCCUGGCACGGAGACUGCUGGAAGGGCAUUGCCACUGUUCUGUCUGGGCCAGUACCAGUUUUCAGGCACUGCAGGGCGAUAUCUCGGCACCCCAAUGUUGUAUACUUAGAUUUCCCCCCCCCCCCAAUAUGAGCAGCAAAGGUGAAAGUAAGAUCUUAUUUUAAAGCCGAAGUGAACAAAAGAGCUAUGUGUGUGUUCGCACCUCUGACCCUUCUCCAUCCUGCAUUAACGUUCUCCUCCUGUGUGGGGACUGCACCUUGACGCCUUUUGUGUGUUGUAGACUGGAGAGAGGUUCUCAGAUUGGUAGUUUGUGAUUUCAAUCUAGGCUUUGACCACUCUUCUCCUGAGGAGGGGGGAAAAAUCACUCUGACUUCCAUCUAUUGAGGUGAAAGAGGCACUCAGAUGAGAAAGAGGGGAAAAUCCUUUUAGGAAUUGAAGCAAUACAGAGGACUGGGGAGAGUAACCAGAAUAUGUAAAAUGUAUUCUUUCCUCUGUAAUACUGAUGGUUUCCUUAUUAAUUUAUAGGAUUUUUUUUAAUGUAAAGAAUUGCACUGAACUCUGUAAACAAAGAUGCUGCUUUUUGUAGCUCAUAUAAAAAGGUUACAUUUGUAGUAUACUGCAAUAAUAUUUUUUACAGCCAGUUCUUUUAGUGGUACUUGUUCUGGUGGCUUUUGUGUAAAUAUGUUUGCUGUAGGUGAAAUAAGACACUUGUAAAGGUUAAACUUUAUAGUUUCAGCUAGAUGCAAAAUGACUAAGCAUGUAUAUUUUAUCAAGCUCAUGUAUUUUUGAAGUUUUUAUGUACUAUACAAUGUAAAAAAGAAGAAAAAUCUUCGUUUAGCAUUUUGCAGAAGAAAAAUGUGAGACUUGGAAUACGUGAGGUGCAUGGAUGACACCGGUGACUCUAACAGCUAAUGAAGGGCAUCACAUUGGAAGGUGGUGGCUGCCGGUUUUGUAAAACGGUGUAUGAACGGAAGCAACAUAGGCAUUUUGCAUGCUUGUGGUCUUUACUAAGCAGCAACUUUAUAGGAAUUGACACUGGAGGCAGUCUCAGGAGUGUCAGGAAUUUGGGUUGUCUCCCAUAGAGUAUAAAAUACCUUUUUUCUUUUUUUUUUUUUCUUUUUUUCCUUUUCCCCUCCCUCUGGGUUCAGAAUGGUGAUUGGCAGGUGUCAGGCCAGGUACGCAGCUCGUCACUCUGUUCUGCGGAUGAAGGGAACCUUUUACCUGUAACCACUUGCCAUCUUCUGCAUAGGGAGAGAAGUUUGGGUUUAUGCCUGAUCCAUUGCGGUUAUUCCUGUCCGUGACGUUUCAUAAGGGAUUUCUGGGUUCUCUCUUGCAUCACUCACUGGUUUCGGAUAACACUAACCGUGGACGGUUUCUCCAAGGGCAGGAGCUCUUCCUAGCACGUCGGCACCGAGACCUCCUGUCCCGUGUGACCUGGAGGUCUCAGGUUCCGAAUCUCCUUGGGUUAGUGCAGUUUUGGGCCAUGUCGGUGAACCGGUUUCGCUUCCUAGCGGUGCCCUUACGUUUGCUUGGCACGGCCUAGUUCGAGAGCAGGCAGGCAGAUGCGCUCCUGCCCUGUCGAACCAGGCCGGGGCGGGCGGCGGUGAGAGACGCAGAGCGCGGGCCACCACUGCGGGUCUCCGUGGCGUUCCCUUUCUCCAUCCUCUCCGGAAGCGCGCAGCUGAGAUACGGGGGAAGAGAUUCAAACGCUUGAAAAACGCUGAGCUUCCUCGUUAUUUAAACCAGAAACUUUGCAUUUGAACAGGUCGGACUGAAUCACAACGGUCAAAAAAAGGGACUCAAUUUCUCUGUAAAUAAUUAACAGAAUACAGUAUUAAUGUUUCAAUGCUGAGCUUCAUUAGCUUCUAGAUUCAAUAUGCGUGUUCUGGCACCCUUCACAGUGCAGUCAGGGGUUUUUUGACUUUCAGAAUAGUGCUAAAAAUAAUUAACCUAUCAUUACUUAACAAGCAUAAACAGACUGUAUUUAACUUUGUCACAUAAGAUAUAUAUAUAAAUAUAUAUAUAUGCUGUAAAAUGAGGGGAAAAAAAACCUUUCUAAUAAACCAAUGAU